AUGCCAGAAGGAUCCAUCAGCGAGAAUGAGAAGAGGCAGCUCGUCGGUGCUCUUCAGACCCAUCGCCUGAACACCAUCUCCGAGCUUCGCCGCGCCGAGAAGUCUCUGGCUACCAUUGACUCUGCCGAUGUCUCGGAGCCCAUGACAUCUGCAUGGACCUACUAUGUCAACUAUCACGGUCUGCUCACCGAGCUUCGUAGCUUAACCCGGAAUUAUCCCUUUAGUUCCGAUUGCGUUGAAGAGGCUAAGCGUCGGGUGUACUCGGACCCCAACAGCAAUCGGAGUUGGAACCUCGCGUGGCUCGUGCUGACCAAAAUUCAGUCCGACCAACUGAUUUCUUACUAUGCCCGCUACCAAGCCUCCCAACCAGCCAUGUGGGGCAACCAAGCCCCUACUGCGGAUGGUGUGGCUAAGCUCGCUAGCGCCUUCGUUAGCGAGUGGAACUUCGCCGUCUCACAACUGCUCCGCUACUGGGACCGUCCUCCGGUGUCACAUUGA